AUGAGUCAAUCAAUGUCAUAAAGCUUCCUUGUAAAGUAGUUCUGUUAAAAUCAUCCUUCAGAAUAAUUGACAAUCUUUUGUUAAACAGUCGAUUGCUUAAAACCUUUAUGUACAGAUUGCGUUGAAUCACAUACUUAAUAUCAUACUUAAGUAUCUACAACAGCAGAUAUUGAAAGUUUAGCAAAUGUAAAGUAGCUUUGCUAAAAAAAAAUAAAAUCAGGAAUUAUUGAGAUGUAAAAAAUUUAAUCGAUCGUAAACUAAUAUGGAUAAACAGAAUAUGAGGAUCAGACGAUAAAAGAUAUCAAAAAGGCUAAAGAAAAUGUCAUAUAUUUAGUUAAUCAAUACUUCACCUUAUUAGAGGAUCAAUAUAAGCAAUACAUAGAAUCUUAGACAAACUCUUAAUAAAUUUUUAUUUAGUAAUAAGAAAAUGUUUAAAAUUUUCUUAAUGAAUUAGAGAAUUUAUAUGUUGGAUUGGAAAGUUCAAAUUAAAUAAAUGUAUUAAAAAGUGUUUGCAGUUUGGAUAUCAAGAAAAAUUAACUUAAGUUUAGGAAGGUUAUGAAAAACUUAUAAAAUCUAUAAUAAAACAAUCCAUCUAUGAUUUAACUCAAUUAAGCUAAUUUACAACAUAUUCAAUAAGCAUUGACAAAUUAUGUAUAGAUUGAUUUUGUUCCUUUGCAAACUAAUUUGUUACUCAAUACAAGUCAAAUAUCCUAAGUGUACUAAGAUACCUACCUAUAAUCGAAUGAAUUUUUUAGAAAUAAAUAUAAGUUAUUGCACUUUUUUGAGACAGGAAAAUCGGUGCUUUGGUUAUAUGACUUAAGCUUACCUGAUUAAUUGUGGAGACCUGUUUAAAUCUCAAACUAUGUCGAGGUAUUGCCAUUUUCAAAAUCAUUAAUAACUCCAGAUGGACAGAUAUACUUAACUGGAGGGUCAUUGCCUAAUAAGAAGAAGAGUAAUAAAAUUUAUCAAUUCAACUUUUCAAAUUAUCAAUUAUAAGAAAUCGGACAAAUGAAUAAUGGACGAAGUUCACAUGGUUUAAUUUGGAAACAAAAUGAACUUUUUAUAAUUGGUGGAUAUUUGGAUAAUUUGUAGAUAACUAAUUCAUGUGAAGCAUUUGAUUGUUUAAAUAAAAGAGUAAUAAAAUUACCCAAUUUAAGCAAUGCUCUGGGAUCGCCUAGUGUUAGCAUAUUUAAUGAUGUUGUUACGGUUGCUGGUGGAAUAAUGCAAAAUAUGGCAAUCAAUCAAUAAAUAGAAUUUCUACAGAAGGACUCUUGGGUACCUUGCACCAUUACAUCACAAUUGACUUCCAUGGCCUCAAUGAUGUGUUCGAUUUAAAUAGAAUAAAAUUAAUUAAUGAUAUUCGGUGGAUAUUUGGAAAAUAAUAAAGGAUCAAAAGAGUGCAUUAUUCUUGAGAUAAAUGACAAGACAGCUAAAGUAAUUCAAACCAAAUAGUUGCCUCAAGCUGAAGGAUUCUGGAACAAUGUACCGAUUAUUCAUUAGGGAAGGAUCUUGGCAUUAUAAAAUGUAGUGUUGGAUAAUUAAGGAAAUUGCGCUCAUGAUCAAAGAAGAAUUAUAAUUUUUGAUGGAACGUUUUGGAAAUAUUAUGAUUUAAAAUGA